AAACAAGGGGACGAUCGAAACAGAUCACAGGGCUCCCCAGCCAAGCGACUCGGGUUCAGCAAUAGUCAUGUUUUGCUUACGGACAUGGCUUCCUGUCCUCUUCUUCAUAUCGAAUGUACCGCCUCUCUACCUGGUGCUGUUCAUCUCGGCCAUGUACUAUUUGAACCGACCAUGCGUCUACUGCUCGCUUCUCCUCACUGUACUCGUCAUCUCCGUCUAUGAUUUCCACAACAACUGGUUCGAGCCGCAGCCCGACUCUUCAUCUUCAUCGCAUACCGGGAACUCGACAACAAACGCUCUCGGAGACAACAUCUCAGUAGCGACGUCGGUCAUACAAUCGGCAGCAGUCUCAAUGGCACAAUCGGUCGCCGACGGCUUCGCGCGCAAAACAGGACUCAACAUACAACCGCAGAUCAGCGUGGCAGAAUGGUUGAAAGAGAUGAUUGGAAAGAAGGAAUGGCGUAUACCCUGCAUCGACGUCGCCGUCCGUCUAUAGAGCGCACAAUUACGAAACUCGAAAAUGAGAUUGAGCACAUUGGCGGUAUGAUGACAUGAAGCAUUUCCGGCGUUGGGUCACACGACAAGAAAGCAUCUGGGAAGAAAGGAUAUUGCAUGUUUGGAGUUAUGGGUGGCAGCCUACUAUGCCUUGUAAUCGGCGAGAGAUCAGCCAUGGCGAGAGCCAAUACGCAGUCAUAUUCAUUUGGACUGUGAGUGAUGCUCCGACCGAUUAUCUCUGUCUUUUCAUAUUACCAGGAACCCACCUACAAAUACGAGGUUGUCAGUCUAUUUCAUGACCUGGAAUUGCACCUUCAUAGACAUUUCGUAACGCGAUAGGUACAUUGCGUACUUUGGUGAAAGAAGCCAUUGGAUAGUCUGAGUAUAGAGUCCUCCCGUAUUCUAGCCGAGCGGCAAUCAAGCUAUCCCCG